AACGCUGCUUACGACUGGAGUGUCAUGUGACGAGGGCCGAAUGAGGGGCUGCUCUUACGGAGGCGUUUUCUGUGUAAACAGGAAGUUCUCCCAUGAAUAAGGGGACGUCUGGGUUUUGCGGUCAAAAUGGUCUCGCUGAUUUGUACCCUCGAAGAUCACAGAGACGACGUGAACUGGUGUGCCUUCUCCCCUACGUGUCUGGCAACUUGCUCUUUAGAUAAAACAAUUCGGCUGUACUCAACUGAUGACUUUUCGGAGCUCCCCUUUUCCCCUUUAAACGGGCAUGGCUAUGCGGUCCACUGUUGCUGCUUCAGCGCCUCUGGUGAGCUCUUGGCUUCCUGUUCAACAGAUGGGACGACUGUCCUUUGGAGCAUGGACACUGGAGAGAUUGUAGCGGUCUUGGAGCAUCCCGGGCGCAGCCCAGUCAGGAUCUGCACUUUCUCUCCGAACUCCUCCUAUCUGGUGUCUGGAGCAUCUGAUGGGACUGUGAUGCUGUGGGAUGUCGAGUCGAAAACACUCCGCAGGUCAGGCUCUGUUAAAGACAGUUCAGUGGUUGCGUGUUCAUUUUCUCCUUGUGGCCAAAUGUUUGUAACUGGAUCCACCUAUGGAGAUAUAAGAGUCUGGGAUCUUGAAAUGAAUCACCUUCUUGCUGUGAAAAAUGCCCAUGACCUUGGAGUGACCUGCUGCCAUUUUUCUCCUCAGCCAGUCAAUGACAGCCUUCCAGUUCAAUCCCGACUGGCUUCCUGUGGUCAAGACAACAUGCUGAAAAUAUGGACUGUCACACUUCAUGGAGAAUCAGGUUGUAAACUUGAGCUGAUGUACACAUUGAGGGGUCAGAGUGCUCCUGUUCUUUCCUGCAUGUUUUCAUCAGAUGGACAGCUACUAGCAUCAGGUUCAGUGGAUAAAACUGUGACUAUCUAUGAUGCUAAUCAAGGAAUCUUGCUUUACACCUUGACCCAACAUGAAAGAUAUGUCACAGCCUGUGCCUUCGCACCAAACUUGCCAUUAAUUGCCACAGGGUCAAUGGACAAGACAGUGAAUGUUUGGAGGGUGGAAGAUGGAGCCAGUCCCUGUGGGAAACAAGGAAAGUCUUUACCUGUUGAACCAAUGAGCCAUUCACAUGUAGGAAGGGAGCUGUCGGGCAGGUUCAAACUGUUGGUUAGUGAGUGGUCGGAGGAAGAUGUCAUGGCCUGGCUCUGCGAAGAGGGCUUGGAGGAGCUCGUCAAAGUUUUCAAGGCAAACAACAUUGAUGGCAGCGAGCUUAUGAGGUUGAAUAAGGAAACUCUUACCACGGAGCUAAAUAUUGAAUCUGUUGGACUGCGUAAUAAAGUCAUUCGUAAAAUUGAGGAGCUGAAGAUGGAAUCAGUGGCAGGUAUUCCAGACGAGUUCCUCUGUCCAAUAACCAGGGAGGUUAUGCGGGAUCCUGUUAUCGCUUCAGAUGGCUAUUCGUAUGAGAGGGAAGCGAUUGAAAGCUGGAUUAGCACAAAGAAGCGGUCAAGCCCCAUGACUAAUUUGCCUCUGAAAUCCACUGUCAUGACACCAAACAGGACCCUGAAAAUGGCUAUUAGUCGCUGGAGAAGCAGCAAGUAGUCAAACACGAACACUCCUCUAUUCAAAUGCAAUCACGUUAUUCUAAUCAGUUUUGUCUGAUUGCUCUGAAUGAAGCAAGGGUAUGGCUUUUUUUUAAAUUCCUCUGAAUUUAAAUUGCACUUUGGAAAUAAAAAGAUUGUUUUUAGCUUUAGAUAAGAAAAUGUCUUCAAUGGAACCUUUUUUUGUUUUUGUUUUGUCAAAUGUGUAUAAUGUAAGUAUAAAGUGUUUUUGGUUUCUCUGA